AUGUCAGUUCCCUUUCACAAUCCAUCAGUGUCUCGAGCAGAUGGGCCUGCUGUUGGUACUAGUAAUGCAGUGGCCGCACAGUGGCAGCAAGAGCGAUAUGGAGGAGCUCGUUUGCAGCAUAUGGCUGCCUGCGCCAGCAUGACCGAUACAGGUAACCACGCAGCUGGAGUUAUAUGGAACCCAAGCAUGGAAGAUCCUGAUGGUGUCUCAGCCAGAGGCUCGCAUGCUAGUCAGAUGGUUGAAAAGCGAGAGGAUGAGGAAAGGGUGAUAGCACAACCUGGUCUGGCCGAGGACGUUACACAAGGAGACGAGACGACGUACGAAGAAGUUAUGCCUGAACAGCUCCUGCCUCCGCCAGGCUUUCAGCCGUUCUUCACUUUAGUCGAGGAUCACGAGACUGGCGAGCACUACCAUCCUACCGUGCAGUAUGUGUUCACGGACGACGACCCGGAAGACCUGACAGCAGGCUUACUGCAUGCGAUUGAGCAGCAGACUGGUCAGGCAGAAGUGGAGGAGAGGAUUGUGAUACUGGAUAUGUUGUCUGACGGCAAGACUGUCCAAGUAGCUUCGUCGCUCAGUCCGCACUGGCAAUCAUUGCAGGCGUCUAUCUCACAAGCGCCGAGCUGGGGUGGCACUUCGACCGAUGACCAAGGCCGGCUUAUGAUCCGCACGUCAAUUCGGCAACAUCGAUGA